AUGUCCAGCAAGGCCUUCAGCAGCAUCCGCUCGGCCGCCAUUGAUGGCCGGGCAUGGAACCCAUUCUUCAAGAAGACGCAGCUCAAGAAGCUGCACGAGGCGCUGGUUGCCCGCGCUUCGAACAUCAAAGCGGCCAUGGAGAAGGACACGGGGAACACGAGAUUUGAAAUCGCAACCGAAUACUGGCUGGCGUUGCGGUGUCUUGCCCAGGUCUACGACUCGAUUGACACGGACACGGAGCUCAAAUUGGAGUAUCGAAUCGCCAAUAGCAAAGAUGCAUCGGAUGCCCGAGACCCUGUGGGCAUUGUUGUCAUUGAACCUCUCGCGCAAACAUUCCUCUACUCGCUUCUUUCGGCGCUGGCACCAGCGCUCGGUGCUGGAAACUGUGUGAUUGUUCAGAUGGGUCGCUCCAUGCUAGCGACGCCCAACAUCGUCUUGCCUUUAAUCCAAGCUGCACUCGUGGACGGAACAUUCGAAAUUUCAUACACCGCGGUGUCAGACAUCGAUAUCAACCACAGGCAUUGCCGGAUCCUGCAGAAUGGCUCAACAGCGGCACCUCUCGCCCACCACAUCGUAUCAGAAAGCCAGAAUCGCAUCAUUGCCGUCGUGGAACGUGAUGCCGAUGUUGACGAGGCAGCGCGAUCACUCGUCACGGCGCGCUUCUCCCUCAGAGGCAAGAGUGCGUAUGCGCCCGAUCUGGUGCUGGUCAACGAAUGGAUCAGAAAGGAUUUCCUGGCGGCCUUGUCGAGACAGUCAAUCGCACUCGGCAAUUCUUACGUCUCGGAAACUCGCCCAGCGAAGGCCUCUGCGUCUUCGAAUCUGGUACAAGAGGUGAUGAAGGGAGGCUCUGGCAGCGUCCACUCGACAUCUCAAUAUGGUGCUAUAGUGGAGAUUGAGGAAAGCUUCGGCAGACUCUCGGCAGCUUAUGUCUACACAGCGCCUGGCGCGGCCAAGUACAUCUGCCAGUUCCUCAACGCCAGCAUCUGCCUGGUCAACCAUAUCCCGCUCAAACUUCUUUCACCAACUGAUCACUCCUUCAGCCCCGAUACUCUGACACCCUACAGCGAGCGCCACUUCACCUUGGCCAAGGGACAGUUUAUCGAGCCUACGAAAGAUGGACAGCGACUUGCGCAGCUCUUUUUCGAAGCCUCGCCGAAAGGUUGCCAGAUCUUGCACGAAGAGGCUUCAGCCGCACUGAAAGAUAUGAACCGCGUGAAGAAGGGCGGCGACAUUGGGUUCUUCAACCAGGGUAUUGUCACGGGAGGCAUCAUUGUCCUGUCGACAGCCAUUUCCUGCACAGGGCUUCUGUGCUACUAUCUCGUCAAGGUAGCCAGGUCGACGCUGUAG